AUGGGUCUCGAUCGCACAGACCUUUACGGAGACAAGCUUGCGGAACUUGUCACCCAGAACGUUUCAAACCCACUUCCAGCUGAAAAUGCAAUUAAUGCUCGACUAGCUAGCAUUGAUGGAACUGGUACUGCCAUCUUGGCCAGCAAGAUCAAGACGGCCUCCAACGAUUUUGGAGGCUUCGCCCUAGUUCUUCAGGACGAUGCAAAGUACAAUGACUUUUACUGGCUCCAAUUCAUUACACGACAGCUUGUUGUCAAUAAUGUUGCCAAAACCGGCAACCUCGUCAAUAAAGCAACUACUCCCGCGUACCAGCUGGUAAACGCUACGGGAGAGGUCACAGACUUCUCCACCGGCGCUGGGGCAGCAAAAUGGAACACCUGCUGGGGUGUUGACUCUGCCCUCACCAAGGGUUUCUUCGCUGACACGUACGAGUACGCAAAGUCAGACGCCCACAAGAUAACAGCCAUUCUUGACCCUCCGAGCGUUCUGAUGGGCAAAAUCCCUGGAAGUCUCAAAAAGGAAUACAAAGAUGCUCCAGACGGUCUGGUUAAUAUGAAGACUGAGCUGGGAGAUGGUCAGGGAAUCUCCCGCGCCUACUUCUCUGACUACCUCUUGAAGAAGGUCGAUGGGGACAGAUAUCGUAUCUUUGCCCGUUUUGACUUGACUUUGACUUGGAACGCAAGAGAGGCGGACAAGAAGAAUUUUACACUCAACACUUUGGCCUCUACUGAGACCAACACUUUACUGGCUUGCCACAUGGCUGCUCUUCAACAUGUUACGACUCCAGGCAAAGAAGGCGAUGCACCAGAUGAUUCUUUCCGAGACUUCCGCAACAAGAUCAUUUAG